AUGCCUCCCAAACCCGCCUCCACGCGCGACGACCUCAAAGCGCUCAUCGACCUCACCACCUCGACCUCCGCGCUGCUCGACCAAUUCCUCAUCACCCUGUCCCCAUCCCCAGCCACCUCGCGAACGGACCCCGUCAAACUGCCCGACACGACCAGCAUAACGAACCCGCUCCCGCUCCUCGCCGACUCGGCCAAGCUGCUCAAGGCGCACACGACCAAGCUCUCGCUCCUGCUCAUCAACGACCCCUUCACCGCGACCGCCAUCGCCAAGGUCCUGCGCGAGAUGGGCGCCGCCGUGCUGCCGGCCAUGAUGGGCGGCGCGCAGGCCGUCGCGCAGGCGCAGGAGCAGCAGAAGCGCGCGUUCCCGGCCGUCGUGGAGAGGGAGGUGCGGGCGCGCGUGCGGAGGAUCGUGAGCGCCGUGGCGGAGGAGGUCGUCGAGGUGCGGGGGAGGGCGGAGGCGGUCCUGGCGGCGGUGGAGGGAGAGGGCGGCAAGAAGAAGGUCGGGAAGAAGGUGGAUGGUGGCAGGGAUGCGUUGAGCAGUACGGGUUUGGUGUGGGAGGCGUGCGACGCCUUGAUCGAGGUCAAGGACAAGGGCAUGGUUGGGGUUGUGGUCGGGAAGGUGGAGGGGUGGAGGGCAACAUUGUUGGACGCGGUGGAGGAGUUGAAGGAGUGGGGAGAGGAAGGGGAGGAUGAUGACGAUGAAGAUGACCUGGACGACAGCGGGGACGAGGGAGACAGCGUGGAGGAUAUGUUCAGCGGCGGUGACAAGCUGGGCAAGGGCAACGAGGAGCUGAGGGCACAGCUGGAGGCGUCGCUCAAGAAGGCCAAGACAAUAACCGUGCUGUACCAAGCCCUGGUCAAGCGCAGGCUGAAGACGUAUCCUGGUGGCGAUGCGAGUGUGGAAACCUUGGACAAGUUGCUGGACAUCUUACAGUCGAUUCCGGACUCCGUGGACGAAAUGGCGAGCGCUUACUACGAUCUCGAUGGCGAAGCAGCGAAGAAGGUCUUUGCGAAGAUCAGCGCCGACGCAGUCCGCGCAUCCGAGCUGGUCAAGCAGAGCUGGGAUGGUAAGGACGACGAGUUCACAGCUUGGGCAGCAAAGUUCCAGGACGCCAUCAAUGCUUGA